UAUUUAAUCUGCAUCUGAGUGGAUAGCAGUAUCAGUCGCUGAAGCAAUUAUUUAGUUGAUCGUUACUGUUAUUUAUAGUGAUGUUGAGCUACACUCUUCUUACGGUUUUUGUUGUCGAUUUGCUCUCUACCACUGGCGAUGUAACCCUUUCAUGGACGUCUCCCAUGUACCCUAAGCUGUACUCGAAUGACACCAACAUAAAUCCUCUAUCACAACCAAUAACCGUACAGCAAGAUGCCUGGUUGGGGUCCCUCGUCACAAUCGGUGCGAUGGUUGGACCGUUUCCCUUUAGCUUCCUUGCCGAGAAAUAUGGCAGGAAAAUAAGCCUUCUGUGCAUAGCCCUACCUCACACAAUAGCCUACUUGACUAUGGCCUUUGCCAGAAAUAUAUACUGGUUCUACUUUGGAAGAGUUUUGGGAGGUCUCGCGAUGGGUGGCGGAUACACGCUAGUGCCGAUGUACAUCGCAGAAGUGUCGAGAGACAAGAACAGAGGGGCGAUGUCGCAAACCCUCAACGUAUUCACGUCGAUUGGGAACUUUUUGCCUUACGCCAUUGGUCCAUUCUUGUCUGUUAGAUGGUUUAACCUGAUACUGGCCGCCAUCCCAACUGUUUGCUUCUUGAUAUUCGUGUUUGUUGGACCUGAGACUCCUCACUACUUGGUCAGUGUUAACGAAAUUGAAAAAGCAGAGAAGUCACUAAUGCUACUCAGGUCUCGAGAUAAGAAAGAAAUUCAAAUGGAGUUGGACUCUAUUAGAAGUCAUCUAAAGGAAUACGAGGACGGCCAUUUUACAGACAUCCUCAGGAACAGAGGACUUCGAAAGGCCUUAAUUAUUUGUUUGGUCUUGAUAAUCGCACAAGAAUUAUGCGGCUUCUGUGCCAUCACUUUUUAUUUGCAGCCAAUUUUUGAAACAGUAGGCGCGCGUAUACCUCCUGACAUAUCAGCUUUGAUAGUAGGAAUGUCCAUGUUCGGAUCAAGUUUCUUUCCUUUGUUUCUCAUCGAUAGAGCCGGAAGGAGAUUCCUGACUAUUUGUUCCUGCUUUGGGAUGUUUAUAUCGCUUUUAGUAAUAGGCACAUUUUUCUAUCUGAAAGACUUUACCGAUGUUAACGUUGCUCCAUUUUUCUUCGUACUCAUCCUCAGUCUGAUUUUCUUCAUAUUUUCUUUCAAUUUUGGUAUUUGUUCUGUGCCUUGGACACUCACAUCUGAGAUGUUCCCAAACAAUGUGAAGCAGAUAUCAGCUUCAGCUGUCACUUGUACCUGUUGGAUAAUUUCCUUCGUGGUGACCAAGUUCUUCAAUGACAUGAACAAUAUCAUGGGUAGGGCUGGAACCUUCUGGUUUUUCGCUGCAUCAUGUUUAUUCACUGCCAUUUUCAGUAUAAUUUACCUUCCGGAAACUAAGGGAAAAAGUUUUAAAGAAAUUCAAGACAUGCUAAACGGGGUUAAAAGUAUCGAGGAAGAUAUUAUUGAAAAGGAAGAAAUGUUACACAAAUCAAAUAUCAUUAAGAUCUGAAAAAUACCAACAAUAAAAGCCACAUUUUGUAUUUAUUAUAAUGUUGAUUUAAUCGUUUUAAUAUUUAUACUUACAUUAUUAUAGUUAUA